AUGAAAAACCACACAGUACCCACAGAAUUCAUUCUUCUAGGACUAUCAGAUGACCCAGAGCUUCAGGUUGUGAUUUUUCUUUUUUUAGUAAUCACAUAUAUAUUAAGUGUUACUGGAAAUUUGACCAUCAUCACCCUCACCUUGGUGGACUCUCAUCUACAGACCCCUAUGUAUUUCUUCCUCAGGAACUUCUCUGUACUAGAGAUAUCCUUUACAACUGUCUGUAUUCCUAGAUUUCUGGGCACAAUUAUCACCAGAGACAAAACUAUUUCCUACAAUAAUUGCACAGCGCAAUUGUUUUUCUUCAUUUUCGUGGGGAUAACUGAAUUUUACCUUCUAACUGCCAUGUCCUAUGAUCGCUAUGUAGCCAUCUGCAAACCUCUGCAUUAUACAAGCAUCAUGAACAAAAGAGUCUGCAUAUUGCUUGUCUUUUGUGCUUGGCUGGCAGCAUUCUUAAAUAUCUUCCCACCAGUUAUUCUCUUUCUCCAGUUAGAUUACUGUGGCUCCAAUAUCAUUGAUCACUUUGCUUGUGACUAUUUUCCCCUCCUGCAGUUAUCCUGCUCAGACACCUGGCUCCUAGAAGUGAUUGCUUUUUACUCUGCAAUAGUGAUUCUGCUUUUCACUUUGGCAUUAAUAAUUCUUUCCUACACGUUCAUCAUCAGGACAAUUCUGAAACUGCCUUCUGCCAGUCAGAGGAAAAAGGCAUUUUCUACAUGUUCCUCUCACAUGAUUGUCAUUUCCAUCUCUUAUGGAAGCUGCAUAUUCAUGUAUGCCAACCCUUCCACAAAAGAAAAGGCAUCAUUGAUCAAAGGAGUGGCUAUUCUUAAUACCUCUGUUGCUCCUAUGAUGAAUCCAUUUAUAUAUACCCUGAGGAACCAGCAAGUGAGGCAAGCCUUUAAGGACACUAUUCAAAAGGUUAUAUUUUUCUCUAGUAAAUGA